AUUUGCUAUGAUUAGCCCCAUACAACUAAGUAGAAUACAACAAUUUGUUGGCGAAGGAGAAAUAGAAGGAAAAAGUCAUUAGGCAAUCUCUCUCUCUUUGUUCUUCUCUCUCUCUCUCUCUCUCUCUCUUUCGCUGCUUCUUCCAUCUUCUAUAAUACUAAAAUAGAGAGCCAAGGAAGAGAAAGAGGAGAGGGCUUAAAGAGCAGACGGUGGCGCACCGUAGCACCGCCCCUCCUAACUUGCGCCUCUCUUCUUCUUCAUUUUUAUCUUUUUUUCCCGACUUGGGGAUUAUUCCUCUUCUCCUCUCUCAGGUCGCUUCGAUCCCACGGCAUAGUUAUCGAUUUUUGAUUCUCCUUUGGAAUACUAAAUCCUGAUUCUCACUUCAAUUUUGGAUUUUGUUUCCUUCUCUUCAGAUGCAUUCACCUUCUAAAUCUCUCUCCCUCUGCGGCGAUUUUUGAAAAGCUCUGGCGGACAUCAAAGGAACCCUAGCUUUCCUCCGCUCCUACCUCGCCUCUAUCGCCGCCGAUCGGUGGUUCGAUUUCAAAUCCAAGAAAAAGAAACGCAGAGGUGCGAUUCGCCGUCUCAGGAUGCUCUGGAUCAUGCGAUUUUCCGGUUUAUUCUCCGCCGCUUUGGUUAUUAUCGUCCUCUCUCCUUCUCUCCAAUCAUUUCCUCCAGCCGAAGCUAUCAGAUCUUCCCACCUCGACGCCUACCUUCGAUUCCCGACCUCCGACCCACCGCCGCACAGAUUCUCCUUCAGGAAAGCCCCUGUGUUCCGCAAUGCCGCCGAUUGCGCCGCCGCCGACGUCGAUUCCGGCGUCUGCAACCCUUCGUUGGUCCACGUCGCGAUCACUCUCGAUUUCGAGUACCUGCGUGGCUCAAUCGCCGCCGUACAUUCGAUUCUCCAGCACUCGGCGUGCCCUGAGAGCGUCUUCUUCCAUUUCCUCGUCUCCGAGACUGACCUAGAAUCCUUGGUUCGAUCGAGUUUCCCCGAAUUGAAAUUCAAGGUUUACCAUUUCGAUCCGGAGAUUGUACGCACUCUGAUCUCCACCUCGGUGAGGCAAGCGCUCGAGCAGCCGUUGAAUUACGCUCGAAAUUACCUGGCUGACCUUCUGGAGCCUUGCGUGAGGCGCGUGAUUUACCUGGAUUCCGAUCUAAUCGUCGUCGAUGACAUCGCCAAGCUUUGGAGGACGAGAUUGGGAUCGAAAACGAUCGGGGCCCCGGAAUACUGCCACGCCAAUUUCACCAAGUAUUUCACGCCGGCAUUCUGGUCCGACGAGCGGUUCUCCGGAGCAUUCCGAGGGAGAAAACCGUGCUACUUCAACACAGGGGUGAUGGUGAUGGAUCUGGAGAGAUGGAGGCGCGUGGGUUUCACGGAGGCGAUCGAGAAAUGGAUGGAGAUUCAGAAGAGCGAUAGGAUUUACGAGCUUGGGUCUUUGCCUCCGUUCCUGCUUGUUUUCGCCGGGGAAGUAGCGCCGAUUGAGCACCGGUGGAACCAGCACGGUCUCGGUGGGGAUAACGUGAGAGGGAGCUGCAGAGAUCUUCACCCCGGUCCGGUUAGUUUGCUUCAUUGGUCCGGUAGUGGUAAACCGUGGUUCCGGUUAGAUUCGAGACGGCCUUGCCCGCUCGAUACUCUUUGGGCACCUUAUGAUUUGUACGGACACUCACGCUGAUUCAUCGAAAGAUCACGAUUAUCUGUUACUACACUACAAUGGGUUUAUACUCUCUCAGCUGGUAAAUUCUCUCAUCUCACCAUUAAUUCUUUUCUUUCUCCAUUUUCUCUUUCGUUUUCUUUUUUUCCGACUUUGGAAUUUGUUCUUCCUCUGUAUUCUAUUCGAUUGUUCGUCUUCUGUGCAUGAAAUGAAAUAUAAAAGAGACAAGAAACACAAAAAGAAACCUAGGAUACAUUCAGAUUUGUUGUACAGAUUUUUACCAUACGUUUUCUAGUUAUAAAUCUGCCUUUUUUU